AUGGCCCGUCAGGUGGCGUCGAAGCUGCAUGCCGGCCAGAGGCAGCUAAGACUGUUGUCCAAGGCCUUAAAUCGUAUUAACACAUCUUCGGACGAGAUGUUGGAUCUGGCCAACCGUGACGUGAAGCCCCUGAAGACGAACGAGCGCGAGCUGUUUAUCGCGCAGUUGGAGCUCAAGGAGAUGGGGCAGGUGGCUCAAGUGCUCCAAAAUGGCGACGAAAUGAAGAAGCAGGUUGCGUUAACCGGAGAACCUGCUGACAGAGAAGUUAAACGCUGCCAAGUGGAGUCAGAAGGUCAUCAUAGAGGACUUCAUCACGAAGCUCUCGAGCUACUACGACGAAAAGACUAG